ACAAGUUCUCUUGCCUCACUUCUCUUCUUUAUUUUCCACAAGCCAGGUUUUAGCCCUUGACUUCCUACCCUCCACCUGCACCCUGAGUCCCCAACUCCUUCUGGUCACCUAUCUCCAAACUCUGGACUCAGCUCAAAUUCUGCAGGGGACUGGGAACAGGUCUUCCCACCCUGCCCUAUGCCACCCAGGGAGUCGCUCCUCGGAGAAGCCAGAUGGGAAAUGAGAACCCAGGGUCCCCCUAAAGGGGCUGGAUUGGACCCCCAAGCCCUCCUUCCAAGCCCCAGCCCGCUCCAAGGGACACCUAUCUGGACAGUGCCCAUAAGAAGAGCAGAGGAAGGAAGAGCUCACCCCAGCUGGGCUCCUGAGCCAGGGCCAGGGCUCCCGUGAAGCCACUACCCGCUCCAGCUCCGAGCAGGGCCAUCCUGCAUGCCUAAUCGGCUAUUUAAGGAGCUGUUCGCCAGCAACCCGGCAGCACCCCCCCACCACGUACACCCGUCCAGAGCCACCUUAAAAGCGGGAGGCAAUUGUGAAGUCGCUGGCCAGCAAGUGGAGUGAAGACUGUAGAGCCCUCUAGUCCCCAAACUCCCAGUACCUGCUUCUUCUGGGGAUACCAUGUUGUUCUUCACUCUCCUGCUGGAGGUGAUUUGGAUCCUGGCUGCAGAUGGGGGUCAGCACUGGACAUAUGAGGGCCCACAUGGUCAAGACCAUUGGCCAGCCUCUUACCCUGACUGUGGAAGCAAUGCCCAGUCUCCCAUCAAUAUCCAGACAGACAGUGUGACUUUUGACCCUGAGCUGCCCACUCUGCAGCCCCAUGGAUAUGACCAGCCUGGCACUGAGCCCUUGGACCUGCACAAUAAUGGCCACACAGUGCAACUCUCUCUACCCCCUACCAUGUAUCUGGAGGGAUUUCCCCGAAAAUAUGUAGCUGCCCAGCUCCACCUGCACUGGGGUGAGACAGGAUCCCUGGGGGGAUCAGAGCACCAGAUCAACAGUGAAGCCACAGCUGCAGAGCUCCACAUUGUACAUUAUGAUUCAGAUUCCUAUGGCAGCUUGAGUGAGGCCGCUCCAAUGCCUCAGGGCCUGGCUGUCUUGGGCAUUCUCAUUGAGGUGGGUGAGACUAAGAAUCCAGCUUAUGAACACAUUCUGAGUCACUUGCAUGAAAUUAGGAAUAAAGAUCAGAAGACCUCAGUGCCUCCCUUCAACGUGGGAGAGCUGCUCCCCCAGCGGCUGGACCAGUUCUUCCGCUACAACGGCUCACUCACCACCCCACCCUGCUACCAGAGUGUGCUCUGGACAGUAUUCAACCGAAAGGCUCAGAUUUCCAUGGGACAGCUGGAAGAGCUUCAGGAGACAUUGUUCUCCACAGAAGAGGAGCCCUCGAGGCCCCUGGUACGGAACUACCGAGCCCCCCAGCCUCUCAAUCAGCGGACAGUCUUUACUUCUUUCAUCCAAGUGGGAUCCGUGUAUACCACAGGCGAAAUGCUGAGUCUAGGAGUGGGAAUCUUGGUCUGCUGUCUCUGCCUUCUGCUGGCUGUUUAUUUCAUCGCUAGAAAGAUUCGGAAGAAGAGGCUAGGAAACCGGAAAAGCGUGGUCUUCACCUCAGCACGAGCCACAGAGGCAUAGACUCCUUCUCGGACAUCAUGGAUGCCUUCCCCUCAUGCCAAUCAGGGAGCUUCUAAAAUGAGGGGCAGGGACUGGCCAGAAAAUACUGUAGAAGUAGUGGGCAGACACCCCUCUUUCCUCCAGACAGCCCCUCCCGAGAGGCAUGGACAGGCUCUCUUUCAAGGAGUAACAGCAGAGCCCACGGCCUCUCAAAUCAUAUAGAUCAGGACCAUCCCCACAUUGACAACGCAGAGGGCAAAUUGUGUUUAUUAGCAGGGGAAGUUGGGGAUGCGCCCCAAAGUCCUCUAUCCCCUUGCCUUUAUGUCCCUUUCCCUACAUGUCGUGCAGAUUCUCCCCUUAGGAAAAAGAGUUACUGCUGUUGGGGUUAUAUUUUUUUGCUCAAUAUAUCUGGAAAUUAAAGUU